AUGCAAGAAUACGCAGACACAAAAUCACUGAAGCUUGUUUGUAUUGGAGACGGAGGCAUUGGCAAGACCAUGAUGUUAAUUUCCUUUGCCUUUGGUAAGGUAGCCGACGACAGCUACGUUCCCACAGUGUUUGACAACUACAGUGCACAUGUAAAGUAUGGAAACGAAACGGUGCUAUUGAAUUUAUGGGACACUGCUGGUCAAGAAGAUUACGAUCGAAUUCGACCUCUCUCGUACCCUGAAACUGAUGUGUUCAUCCUCGCAUACAGCGUUGUAAACCCAGAUUCCUAUCACAACGUUCGAGUGAAAUGGUUUAGAGAAUUGAAACAUCACUGUCCUAACUCACCAUUCAUUUUGGUUGGAACCAAAACUGAUUUAAGAGACAAUGUCGAAUUUCUUCAAAUUCUCAAAUCUCGAGAUUUGAUGCCACUUACCUAUAACCAAGGAGUCGAGCUUGCUCAGGAGUUACAAGCAGAAGAUUAUCGAGAAUGUAGUGCUGCUACAAGAGGAGGUAUUCAUGAUGUUUUCAUAAGAGCCAUAAAGGCUUAUUUUGAUCAUGAAGAGAAACAAAAGAACAGCAAACCACAACAUAGGAAGUCCAAACAAUGCAUGGUAUUGUAA